CGGAGUCAUACACAACAACAUGGAGGAAGACAAAACAUCCGCUGUUCUGGACAGCAGUGUGUCCAAAUUUCUGAGUUAUGAGGAUUACCUUAGUUCUAAGCUCACCGCGUUGGAUUUACAUUAUCUGGAGGACGAGGAGAUGGCCCGCCAGCUGCUGGAGCUGGGAUCCAUCGGCGGUGGAGAGGUCCUGAAGAAGAAGGAGUUUGAGAGACGCAAAGCUGCUGCAGAGGCCCGCCGGCACUCCAAGGCCCAGCAGAAGACACUGGCGAGUGCAGGAAAGGAACUCAACGAUAACUUCCUGAAAGCCCUGGCGGAGCGCGAGGAGCCUCACCGCAGUGGGAAAAUGGCCUCUAUCUUUUUCAUACGGGACAGAAAUGCUCGUGGACAGGAAAUAUCUGGGUAUAUAGACUACUCCCACAGACUGCAGACCGAGGAUUUUGAACCAUAUUUCAGUGGAAAGAAAAAGUUUUUGCCAAAGUCAACCGAUUUAAGCUUCUUAAACUGGGAGACAGAACACCUGUGUUCUAGGGACAGCCCAAACUACCACGUGAUCGACGACAAUCCAAGCGGCAUGGUCUUCAAGAACAAAAUGGACAGGAAGAUUGUGGACGUGAAUCCAAAGGGCCCAACUGGUGAUAGUUCUUCCUGCACUCCCAUCAAGACGGACCUCUACAUGCAGGUGGUCAUCUUCGACCACAUUAACCGCAGGAGAAACUAAGCCAAGGUGUACUCUGCAGAGGGUCAAUCAGAGAGCGAGUGGAUCCGGGCCGGAUCUGAACCGAUUCUGACCCGAAGUCAACCUGAACCAGUGCAGAUCUGAGCCGAUUCUGACCCGAAGUCAAUCUGAACCAGUGCAGAUCUGAGCCGAUUGUGACCCGAAGUCAAUCUGAACCAGUGCAGAUCUGAGCCGAUUCUGACCCGAAGUCAGACAAAAUCAGUGCAGAUC